AUGGAAACUCCCAUAGAUCGUCUCAACGACGAUGUUCUGCUCAUCAUCCUCUCCUAUCUCGAGAAGCGAGAUCUCUGCGCCUCUUCGCUCACCUGCAAACACUUCCAUAUGGUUUCCUCUCCAAGACUCUGGACAGUUCUUCCGAUAGAUCGGGCCUUCUUCGUAUCCUGGUGGCAUGGUAAUCUCGGCACGAACGCUCAUCAUGUCCGUGAGAUAGUGAUCCAUCCCAACUUCGACAAGCCACCUACGCUUCCCGAUGUCCUGUUCGCAACCAAGAACAUCCGUUCACUCAAAAUAACCCAUAUGUCUCUCCACUAUGACGACCCGCGUCUUUCUAUCGCUCUCGCAGAACUGCGCGAGCUCCGGACACUCUCUUGCAACUGGAUCGAGGACAAAAUGCUGCCGACGAUCCAAAGCAUCCCCUCUUCCAAUCUCACAAGCCUCAGUCUAGCCUACGAAAGCGACACAAACGCUUGCGUCGACCUCCCCUCCAUCAUCUCCGUCGUCAGAUCCUUCCCUCGCCUGCAUGAUCUAAAGCUGGAGUUCCUGAAGCCGACCACUGCCAUCGACAUCACCAGCUACCCGCCUUUCACCUCCAUCCGGCAGCUCACCCUCAACGGAGUCACCGGACCUGUGACAGACAUCAUCUAUCUCUGCCCCAACCUCAUCUUCCUGAAACUCAGUGUCGAAUAUCUUCGCGAAGGGGACCCUCACCAAUCCCGACCGAGAUGGCGCCCUUCGCCGAUCCCUCGACUCACCCUCACGGUUCCGCGCACGCAGGCCAAAGACCCCAUUGUCUCGUUGCUGGAGCGACGGGCCUUGCGCGCGGCACACGUUCGAUUCGCCAUGCUGUGGAAGUUCACGGAAGACGGUAUUUCGCUCACGAAGGGCGAAGCCACGUCGCGACUCACGCGCAUCCUCGACGUACUCAAACCGCACUCCCUCCACCUGGAAAUGUCAGCGAUGUGGACCGCCAAUCUGUCUGAUCGCACGGGAACGCUCUGGAAAGAGGUCGCCGCAGCCGCGCCGCACCUGCGCGCGCUCGUGCUCGAUGUGGACUCAUCCUACGACAAUACCGAGCACGAGGGGCCGCGGAUGUGGUCGCCCCCGAACGCGCUCGCGGCGGAGCUCGCGCGCCUCCCGCUCGUCUGCGUCCAUCUCAAGGCGGAUCCAGAACCGCUCGAGCCGAAGGGAGACGCGGACCGCCAACGCCUCCGCGCGCUCGCCGCGUUCUCCGGGAGGCUCGCCGCGGCGAUCCCCACACUGCGCGUCGUGGGCGUGUCGGACGGGUGGCGCCAGGAGCGGAGCGUGCGGUCCACGCGGUGGUGGCGCGUCGAGCGCGGCGACGGCGCGUCGCGGUGGCUGGUCGAGCUCUGGCGCGAGGACGGGGAGCGGGCGCUGCGGCUCGUGCAGAACGAGGCGUUUUGCAUGUCCGAUCUUGACGACAUCUACUCGGAGAAGUGCCGUUACGUGCCGAGGUAA